AUGGCGCUGCUGGAUAUCGAUGACCGCUCCGCUGGCAAAUUAUGGCUCGUCAUAUCGCUUGCAUUGGUCCUGUACUGUGUCACAUCCAUCAUCGUCUCGAAAUUCACCUCUCAGGCCCGUUUUUGGCGCGCCCAAGUGUGGGCAGGACAACAAACAGGAUGGUUCCCUCGCCUGCGAUCUGGCCUGAAAUCUAUCAAAGGCACACGAGCGAUGCUGGACGAAGCCUACUGGAAGUACUCGAAGCAAGACCGCCCAUUUGCGAUGCCCAAUUUCUCCCAGGAUCCCACGGUGAUGCUUCCUCAAUCGAUGAUCAAAGACUUUUUACAGGAGCCCGAAGAGAAUAUCAACCUCUUUGCCGUGCUGUCGGAGUUCAUGGCUAUUCAAUAUACGGGCGACGCGGACAUUUCCACGCAUCCCUUCCAUCUCGAGAUUGUGGGCAAUCAGUUGACGAGGAAAUUGCCGCUCUUGACUGCUGAGGUUCAGGCGGAACUCGUGCUCGGAUUCGAGGACCAAUGGAAGGUGAAUUCGACAGAAUGGACUGCGAUUCCUGCAAUCGGUACUUGCAGUACCAUUGUCAGUCGUGCGGCGAAUCGUGUCUUUAGUGGUGCCACACUCUGUCGGACUCCAGAAUGGCUGGAACACUCUGGCAUCUACGGACAGUCUAUAUUCAUGGAAGCCAGCAUCAUCAAUAUGCUUCCCCGGUUUUUGAGGCCCAUUGCCGCGCCCUGGAUUUGUCGAAAUAACUACAAACAUAUUCAGAUUUGUCAGAAAUAUGCCGUGCCUGUUAUUGAAGAAAGAUUUCAAGCUAUUCGUUCGGGCACCCUCAAGACGCCUCCUAAUGAUGUCCUGCAGUGGAUCAUCGACAAGGUGAUGGAGAUGGGAGAUCCGGUAGAGAUGGAUCCCAAACGAAUCACUCGACGACUAAUGCGAUUGAAUAUGGUUGCAAUUCAUACGACUUCCGUCACCAUCACCAACGCUCUGCUGGAUCUGUACAGCUCGCCGAGAGCGGAAGAGUAUGUUGCUGGCCUGCGAGAAGAGUGCGAGCGAGUUCUGAAACAACAUGGUGGUCAAUGGAAUAAAACGGCAGUGAAUGAGCUCUAUCGUAUCGACAGCACCAUUAAAGAAAGCAUGCGCUUCUCCAGUUUGGGUAUUACGGGGUUGAUGCGAAAGGUCACAAAACCCUCCGGCAUUACCCUCCCCAACGGCACUCACAUCCCCUACGGCAUCAAAAUCGCCACCCCCAACGUCGCCAUCCACCGCGAUCCCGCAUUCUACCCUUCUCCCAACGAAUACGACGCAUUCCGCUACUCCCGUUCCCGCGAAGCAACAACAACAACCGAACCCCGAACUCACCACCAAGCCAUGCUCGUCACCACGAGCGAAAAUUUCCUCUCCUUCGGCCACGGACGCCACAGUUGUCCUGGAAGAUUUUUCGCGGCGCAAGAGAUGAAAUUGAUGUUGGCGUAUAUUGUUUUGACGUAUGAUGUUCGAAUCGAGGGGACGGGACGGCCGAAGAAUAUUGAAAUCAAGGGCGCGGCGUUUCCGGAUCCGGGGGCGAGGUUGUUGGUUAGGUUGAGGAGGUGAGAGGGGAGUGGGGAGAG